CUGACACUUCCAUAGAAAACUUCUGACUUUUGACAGUGAAACAGAAAAGGAAGCCAAAGUCAUAAAGCAUCACAUAAAAUGUUAUAAUAUUCUAGUUUUUAAAAUGCAUAAUAUUUAGUUUAAAGCAUUAGUAUUAAGUAUACAACGUUUUCAUCCCUUUUUUUUAUAUGAAAACAUGGCCCUGAAUUUCGAAGCAUUAUGUCGACUGUGCGCAAAGGAAGACGAAUUUACAAAAGAUUUGCUACACGAAAGCAAUCAGAAUCUCCUUAAAUUAAUCAAAGAAUUUGUAAAUAUUGUUAUUAGUGAUAAUGACGAACUACCUACAAAAAUAUGCCUAAACUGCGAAGAAAAAAUGGUAGAUUUUCAGUUGUUUGUUUUGGAAUGUUAUAAAGUUCAAAAAGCAUUAAAGGACAUUCACAGGAAUCUCAAUAUAAAGCAGGAACAUGUAGAUGUCAUCAUUAGUCCAUCCAUUAAAUAUGAGGUUAAAGAUGAGUUAAUGCCAGAAGAAAUAGAAAGUGUUAUCAAUCAUGGGCCAUCAUUGUCAGAAAUGGCUGGGGUCGUCAUCGAAUGUGAAAGUAUUGAUGAUGCCAAAAAGAAUGAAAAAUAUGAGAAUGAAGAGUAUCUCUCGGAUGACGAUGAUGAUGAUGAUGAUGAUGACGAUGAAGAUGACUAUCUGGAAGAAGUUUCAAUAGCAGAAUUGAAACAAAUAAAAAAGAAACGUAUAAAAAGAAAAUCAUUGACGGAAGAAGAAGCAAUUGAAUUUCAAAAAGUACUCCAAAAGUCUAAUAUUAAAGUAAAAGAUAUAGUUAAAUUAAAAUGCGAUGUUUGUAAAGAGUCGUUCAAGUCGUGGAGCGCUUUGGGCUUUCAUUAUGCAAAAAGACACAAGAGCAAACCGCUCGUAUUCUGUAUCUGCGGCUUCGUCAUCCGGUCAAAGAGUGUGCUCUACAAACAUGUGUCCGAUCACAAAAUAGAAAGUAGAAAAUUUAGAACGGCAACAGAUUCCGAUGGAGACAAAACCGACGAUUCAAAAUAUUUGAGCCUUAAUGUUAAAGAUUUUAUUAAUUUCAUAUGCCAUAUUUGUGAAAAAGAAUGUUCGAGUUGGUACACUCUGAAGGCGCACUCUCAGCUGGAGCACGACGCAAUGCCUUUCGUUAAAUGCGUGUGCGGGAUAACGCUUAAGUCUAAAUCAGUUCUGUACAAACAUGUUCAAGAUCAUAAGAAUCCCAAUUUCCUUGCGUGUGAUAAAUGUCCGAGAAUAACAAAGACGAUGGAAGCGUUGGCGAAGCACAAGAUGCGCCACGUGCCGAAGUGCGAGCGCCGCUUCAGCUGCGCCACCUGCAGCAAGGCCUGCAGCAGCCGCGAGACGCUCAAGUCGCACGAGAAGUCGCACAUACCCAUAGAGGAGAGGAAGGUGUUCCGCUGUGAAUUGUGCGAUCUCAAGUUCACGACGCGUUCGUCAGCGGCGUCGCACAAGCGCGUGGUUCACGACAAGAUAAAGAGCUACGUGUGCGACCUGUGCGGCUACGCCUGCGGCACCAACGGCGAGCUGCGCCAGCACCGCGCCAUCCACAGCGACGACAAGCCCUUCGUCUGCAGGAAGUGCUCUAAGCCUUUCAAGACGUACUCGAACCUGAAGACGCACAUGGACACGCACGAGGAGACGUCGUACGCGUGCUACGUGUGCAGCCGCGUGCUCAACAGCCGGCGCACGCUGCGCAAGCACCUGCUGGUGCACGAGGACAAGUGCCGCCACGUCUGCUCCUACUGCAACAAGGCGUUCAAGCGCAAGCAGACAUUGAAGGUGCACAUGUACAUGCACACGGGCGACAAGCCGCUGACGUGCAAGUGGUGUGACGAGCGCUUCGCGUACGCGUCCACGCUGCGCUCGCACCGCCUGCGCUGCCACGCCGACAAGAUGGCGGCCACGCACAGCCACGCCCACGCCCACGCGCACGCGCACGCCCACGACCCCGCCCACGCGCACGCCCCCCUGCCCACGCAUGCGCACGCGCCGCCAUACGACGCGCUCGCGCACGCCAUACAUCAAGGAUUUAUAAAGAACGACACAACGGGAGCUGUACCUAAAAGUGAAGUGGAGGCUAUAUAAAUUGUAAUAUCAUGGAGCAAGACUUUAUUUUAUUCAUGGAGUAUGUUUUAUUUUGUAUUAAGACAAAGACUUAUGUUUUAGUUUAUUUUAAUUCUUAGACAUAUCAGUUGAUUUAUUCAGCGAACACGAGCAGCUAAUAUUGUAAUAUUUAAACAACGUAUUCAUAAAUAAUUUGUAGGUGAUUUAAAUAAUUUUCACUUAUCAUACAAA